GGCGCCCGGGACAGUCGGGAACCGCGCCCGCAGCCGCCGGCCGCGCGGCCGGACGAGGGGACGAUGGAGCUGGAGCCCGAGCUGCUGCUGCAGGAGGCCCGCGAGAGCGUGGAGGCGGCGCAGAGCUACCGGCGGGAGCUAGGCCAGAGGCUGCAGGGGCUGCGGGAGGCGCGGAGGCAGAUCAAAGAGAGUGCAUCCCAGACGAGAGAUGUCCUCAAACAGCAUUUUAAUGAUUUAAAAGGAACCCUUGGGAAGCUCCUGGAUGAGCGAUUGGUGACCCUUUUGCAAGAGGUGGACACCAUUGAACAGGAGACCAUUAAACCACUAGAUGACUGCCAGAAGCUGAUAGAGCACGGAGUUAACACUGCAGCGGACUUAGUCCAAGAAGGUGAGAUCGCCAUUCUGGGUGGUGUAGGAGAACAGAAUGAAAAACUGUGGAGCUUUACCAAAAAGGCCUCACACAUCCAGUUGGACAGCUUACCAGAGGUGCCUUUACUGGUUGAUGUGCCUUGCUUAUCUGCUCAGUUGGACGACUCAAUUCUUAACAUAGUGAAAGACCAUAUUUUCAAGCAUGGAACGGUAGCAUCUCGCCCACCAGUACAGAUAGAAGAAUUGAUAGAGAAACCCGGAGGCAUCAUCGUACGAUGGUGUAAGGUGGAUGACGACUUUACCGCCCAAGAUUACAGGCUCCAGUUCCGUAAAUGUACUUCCAGUCAUUUUGAGGACGUGUAUGUAGGCUCUGAAACUGAAUUCAUAGUAUUGCACAUAGACCCCAAUGUUGAUUAUCAGUUCAGAGUCUGCGCCCGAGGAGAUGGCCGACAGGAGUGGAGUCCUUGGAGUGUCCCCCAGAUAGGUCAUUCCACGCUGGUGCCUCAUGAGUGGACAGCUGGCUUUGAGGGGUACAGUCUGAGCAGUCGAAGAAACAUAGCGCUUCGGAAUGAUGCUGAAUCGUCCGGUGUUCUCUACUCCAGCGCUCCCACUUACUUCUGUGGGCAGACAUUAACAUUCAGAGUUGAAACUGUGGGACAGCCAGACAGAAGAGACAGUAUAGGAGUGUGUGCAGAAAAACAGAACGGAUAUGACUCCCUGCAGCGGGAUCAAGCAGUUUGCAUUAGUACAAAUGGUGCAGUUUUUGUAAAUGGAAAAGAAAUGACUAAUCAGUUGCCCGCAGUUACUUCUGGGUCCACUGUCACAUUUGACAUUGAAGCUGUGACUCUAGGAUCCAGCAAUAAUAACGAAGGCGGAAACAUCAAGCUUCGAGUAACUAUUAGCUCAAAUAACAGAGAAGUGGUGUUUGAUUGGUUGCUCGAUCAGUCUUGUGGUUCUCUUUACUUUGGAUGCUCAUUUUUCUAUCCUGGGUGGAAAGUGCUGGUAUUCUAGAUUUUCAGAUGAUUGGCUUUGGGUUUGCAGGGGUUUCACAUAGCUUUCCUCAGCCCAGUUCAGUUGUCAUUGGUUUAAAAAAUCGUUAGAUUCAUCUCUCAGUUAAGUCAUUGGAAACAAAUUAUUUACUGGAUUUAUUUUCCAGUAUCUUAGCAAUAAGAGGCGUGAAUAUUGUGGACAAAACAGUAAUGCAGUCCAUUUUAUUUUUAGCAUAGUGUUAAUUGGAAUAUCACAUCACAAUAAAAAUCAAAUUGGCUUUUAAAAGUAUGAGGAGAUAUAGACAGCCCUAUGUACCUUUCCACUGUACUUUUUUUUAAAGUUGGCUGUAAGAACACAAAAAUGUAACGUAACAUUUUUUUUUUAAUUAAAUCUCUAUCUUUUAAAGAUCCAGGGCCAUCCAAGACUUCAGAAUGAAAAGGCAAGAGUAGACCAGGUAGAAUGUGCCACCAUGUACGCUGUAAUAUACACUCUCUUGUGUGUUCUCCACAGGAGUGUUGAAUAUGCUCUUCAUAUUCAGGGAUUUGUAAGCAGUAUUGAAUUUUAUCUCAUGUUCAGUAAUCUUUAAGUCCCAAAAGCAUGAUAAUUUUUGCAUUUUUAAAAAUUACUGAGCAAAUGUCUACCACAGGCAAGGUAUUUUCUUUUGUUCUUUCCUUGCAGUUCAGUUCACGAUAGGCUAGAGGGUUUUUACAGGGUAAAACUACUUAUGGAAGUAGUAUGCACAGCAGUGUUAGCCAUGUCCCAUGUUUGAAAUAUGCACAGGUGCAUAUCCAGCCUCAGUGACGUGCAUGUUGUUCUUCCUAGGGUCUGAGCUGCAGUCCAGUUUCAUGUCAGUUUCAUAAAUGGUCUUUUAGUGGACCAAACAAAUGUAGGGUAAAUACUUGACCUAUUUUUUGGAAAACUUAAAUUUGUUUAAAAUAUUUAUUUGAAGGACUUAGGAUGUAAAAAUGAUUAUCUUGCUAUAUAACAGCUUAAGAUCUUUUUUCUUUAAUGUGAAUUAUUUUUUUUUCAUUUUUAACAGUAGAAAAGUGGAAAAGCAAGUUUGAUAUUUUUGUGAGAUAAUUUAUUUGGGGAUUCCAGUUCCCUAUUAGACAAUCAUGACCUUUUCCCCUUGCCUUUUUAU